GUGCACAUCUCUGCCCGUGUGGUGACGGUCUCGGUUCCUGGCGCUGUUGGCUAAUGACCGGCUGUCGGGAUUAAUGUCCUCGGCCGGCUGCUGAGCCGCAACUCUCUACAGCCAUGAGCUGGAUUUUCCCGAUGUCAAAGGGCGGCGGCGGUCACCUGCCGCCCCUCACUAACUUACAGCAACAGCGCCAGCGGCAGAUAGAAUCGGUGAAGAGCUCGCACAGUGGUGUAGUGGAAAUACAGAAGGAUGUGGAAUACAGGCUACCUUUUACAGUAAAUAAUAAAACCAUCAAUUUAAACAUCUUGCUUCCUCCUCAGUUUCCACAAGAAAAGCCUGUGAUUUCUGUCUUCCCUCCAGUGCGGCAUCAUUUGGUGGACAAGCAAAUGGGCACAAUGGUGACAAGCCCAAUGAUCACAAAUUUCACAAUGCAUUCAGACCUUGGAAAAAUUAUUCAGACAAUCCUUGAUGAAUUUUGGAAGAACCCUCCAGUGUUGGCCUCCAGUUCAUCAUCCUUUCCCUACUGUUUCAGUAGCCCUCCUGGAAUGACUCCUUACUCUCCCCAAGGAUUUUCAUAUAUUAGUCGCUAUCCUACUCAGGAGUCGACUGUGCCUUGUAUUGCGGAUUCAGGCCCUGGUUUUAAUAGUCCCAAACCUGCUGCUCCUGCAUAUGGAUUGAUUACAGACUUGCCUUUACCUGUUCCCACUACUGACACUUCAGAACAGUUAGGUUUGAAUGGUCAUAGUUACAAGAUGCCAGAUCUGCCUGACCACUUCUCAGAGCUCCACGAACUUAGUAAUUCACAGUUGACUGAUUUAAAUGAAAAUGAGGAUCUGCUCCUAGGGCACUUCAUGGGUUUGCCACAACUGAAGCAGAUAUGCACUGACAAAGAUGAUCUGGUUAACAACAUUGAAGAGCUGGCAAAAAGAAAUCUUCAACUUGAACCUCGUUUGGAAACAGAAAGACAAGAUCUAUUAAUUAAAUGUGAUCAACUAACUCAACUCAAAAGCACCUUUGAAAAAAAGAUGCAAAGACAGCAUGAACUGAGUGAGAGUUGCAGUUUAAGUGCUCUGCAAGCCAGGUUGAAAGUUGCAGCUCAUCAGGCAGAAGAGGAAUCGGAAGUGAUUGCUGAGGAAUUCCUUGAGGGCAAGAUUGAAAUAGAUGAUUUUCUCAGCAGCUUCAUGGACAAAAAAACACUUUGUCAUUGCAGGCGAGCUAAAGAAGAGAAGCUUCAGCAUUUGAUGACACAACGUGGGCAAUUUCACACACUAUAGCUUUAUAAUUGACAGACUGAUUCCUGCACUGGACAAGAUGGUAAAAUUAAUUGCAUGAAAAUGUAUUUAACAAUCUUUUGAAAUUAUUUGUAAAUUUACAAUUUCCAGUAUUAAAUUGUGCUUCUAAAUUACCUAAAUUUGUUCAUAUUUUCAGUUUCAAUAUUCUAUUCCUGUUAAAUUUGU